AAUAGAUGUAACCAUAGACAUUGAUGAUUUGUAACAUAAUAUGUAUACAAUUAAUAAACUUUUAUAGAACAUUAAAUUAAUGACAUUAUUUAUUUUUACUAUUACUGUUAUAAUAUAAAAAACUUGAAUUAUAUCAUUUAAAGACUAAAUAAAGAAAAUAUUACUUAUACAUUAAUAAUUAAUAUAAAUUUUAAGUAAUAUAAAAAUGGCUGUUCAAUUAAAAAUUGGAAAUGAAAAUAUUCCAAUCAACAUAAUAUGGUUACGUGACAACUGCAGGUGUUCAGAAUGUUAUGAUCAUGAUAAUAAUUCUAGAAAAACAUCCACUCAACAACUCCUUAAAUUAAUUAAUAUUAAAAUUCAAGAUUACACACAGGCAGAUAAUAAUUUAUGCAUAGAGUGGUCUGAUGGUCAUAAAUCCGUGUAUUAUACUAAAUGGGUGAUUGACACAUGGACAGGAAAUAAAAUAAAAAUUGAACCAAACUUUUGUUUUGGCAAGGAACUUGAGAAACUACCUGCAAAAGUAUCUUAUAACGAUCUAACUCUAAAAGAUUGUCUAAAAGAAUUGAUGAAAUCAAUUUUAAAAUAUGGUGUAGGAAUUAUUACAAAUGCAAAACCAACAUUGGAAGCUACAGAAAAAUUGGUUAGGUUCAUAGCACAGCCACAAAAAACUGUUUUUGGAACAAUGUGGACAGUUGGAAUUAAUGAAAAUCAUAAAGAUCCAGCAUAUUUAAAUGGUCCAUUAGUAGUACACAACGAUAGCACAUAUUUCAAUGAAAGUACAGGGCUUCAAGUAUUUCAUAUGUUUGAAAGGGAUGUUAAUGGUAAAGGAGGUUUAAGUACUAUAGUUGAUGGGUUUAAAGUAGCAGAAAUAUUAAAAAAAGAAAAUCCAUUACAUUUUAAAAAUCUUACUGAAAUUGAAAUAGAAUCUGAAUAUAUAGAACCUGGUUUUCAUUAUAAAUGUAAAGGACCUGUUAUAAAAAUUGAUCCUACAACAAAAGAAAUAUAUCAAAUAAGAUUCAAUAUAUACGAUCGCAGUCCACUCCCACCAUCUCGUGUUGACGAGUUUUACAAAAGUUAUGCUCAUUUUAUAGAAAUAUUGGAGAGAGAAGAGAUGUAUUGGAAACAUUGUUUGAAGCCAGGAACUGUAAUUAUUUAUAACAAUUGGAGAAUAUUACAUGGUAGAACAUCUUUUACAGGGAAACGGAUUUUUGGUGGUUGUUAUGUAUCAAUGACUGAAUUUUUAAGCAAAGCAAGAACAUUACAAUUAAUAUCAUAACACUUAUCAAAACGUAAUAUAGUAAAAAUAUUUAGAAAUAAAUACUGUUAAGUGUAUUCAAAUACUAUAAUAUUAUAUUAAUAUUGGUAUAUACUUACAGUAUUGUUAUUGUAGUAUUUUCAGAGAAUGUAGAAUUAUAUUGACAUAAUAAACAGUAAUUUAAUUUCUCAUUACUUAUAAUUAUAAAUGUAUAAGAAUAUAGUAUUACUAAUAAACUGAUGGUUAAUUUUUUAGUUGUAAA